AUGGCGACUGAUAAAGUUCAUUUACGCCACUUUUCUGAUAGGACAUUCAGAAGAUGGUACGAAAAAUUUGAAACAAAUGAUUUCGACCUUUCUGAUAAGCCACGUUCUGGGCGACCAUCUUUGAUCGACGACGAUGUUGUUAAGGCAAUGUUGGAGCAAGAUCCUUUUCUGACAACAUCGGAGAUCGCAGAAAGGCUUAAUUCAGCUCAACAAACCAUUUUUGACCAUAUUCGGAAGAUAGGAUUGGUGUGGAAACAGCGGUCCAAAAAAAUAUUCAAUAGGAAGGACAGCAUACUGCAUCACGAUAACGCCAGACCACACGCUGCUUUAGGGACUCGUCAAAAAAUUGCAGAAGUAGGCUGGGAAAUUCUGUCGCAUCCACCAUAUUCCCCGGACAUAGCACCCUCUGAUUAUCACUUGUUUUUAUUCUUACAAAAUUUUUUGACGGGCAAAAAAUUCAAAAAUGAAGAUGUCAAACAAGUACUGGUUCAAUUUUUCACAUCAAAAGAUGAAACAUUUUUCAAAAAUGGGAUAUACAAAUUGCCCUCACGCUGGCAAGAGAUCAUUAAUAAUAAUGGCAAUUAUAUUAUUCAAUAAAGUUAAUUGGCAGUAAGAAAAAAUUUGUAUUUUGUUUUAUUCCAAAAACGGAUAGAACUUUCCGGUAGA